AAAAGCAAAACUUUUAUUGAAGAAAAAAAGAUACCAAGAGCAAUUACUUGAUAAGACAGACAACCAGCUUGAUAACUUAGAUAGGCUAGUUCAGGAUAUUGAAUUCAGUCAAGUAGAAAUGCAGGUAGUAGAAGGACUCAAAGUGGGAAAUGAUUGCCUCAAGAAAAUGCACCAGAUGAUGUCUAUUGAGGAUGUAGAAAGAAUAAUGGAAGAAACACAAGAAGGCAUUGAAUAUCAGAGAGAAAUUGACGAAUUACUUGCUGGUAGUCUAACAGAUGAAGAUGAAGAUGCAAUACUAGCUGAGUUAGAAGCCAUUACACAACAAACUGAUGAUGUACAACUUCCUGAUGUACCUGCUGAUAAAUUACCACAUAUUGAAG